AUCAACCGGCGAUGUGUCCUGCCGUCUGCCGCCGUCUGACAAGCAGCGCGUGUCACGAAGGCGAUGCCUGCCGCGAAGAUGACAUUCGUUCACGUGAUACGGGCCGAGUCCGAUCGAUCAUCGAUCGGCUAAAUGUUGAUGCUAAAUUGGGCACGAGACGUGCCCACUCUCAUCGUCACCGCAAGUGGCACCGCCGACACAGCACACACGCGUCACGACGCGUUAUUCGGGAUGAACGCCGUGCAGCCGUGCGACGCGUACGAGAUCGCAAUCGUGAUCGCGAUCGCGAUCACUUGUAUUGCGACGCUCGGUUUCCGCGACUCCGUGGCCCCGGGGCUAUUGGCGAUCACGCAUACGCGCGCGAUAAUCUUGAGCUUCCCGGGGAGCUCUCCGACCGCAAUUUGACUCGCGUGCGGAACGUCCGCGGCACGCAUGGAUCUCAUGGACACGCGGUGAGUGACACCAAUGGUAAGGCAUCGCAUACCGGUGAUGUGCGCUUUACAACGAAGACGUAUCACGCACAUAUAUUUGUGGACUGUCGCAAAAAAUCGGAUUCACGUGAGAAAAAAAGCCCCAAAAAAUGCUCUUUAAAGAAUGCUAACUUUAACGUCUCUCGACUUAAUGACGUUUGUAUCAGAUUUGUGACAUACAGAAUUUUUCACUUAGGCCAGUCAAUUCUAAGGACGAGUACUUCUGAUACUUCCAAUGGUCUUUUGGCACAUUUGCAGCAGUGUGUGGAGCAUUCUUAUGGGUGCAGCAUAUUGUCUGUAGAGGAAUAAUAUUAUUCAUACCUGUAUUACUAUAUCUGAUCGGAUUGAUAAAAUACUUUUUGCUGUACCGUUGUCUUCCAUCUUACGUUUUUACUAUAAAAAAUGUCAUCUCGAGAUUAUGAUAGAAGAAGAGGUGGUAGUGGCAGCAAUUCAAGCAGGUUGCGAAUGGAUGCAAGUGUAUCACAAUCUAGGCCACAUAGCGAGAGUUCUAGCAAACGAAAAGAAAUAGACAAUGUAAUGAGAAAAGCACGUGAGUCGCAAUCGAGUUAUUGGAAUAAAAAGUUAUUGGAAGCAGAGGAACGAGAUCCAAACAGAUGGCGUCACAGCGGAUACAAGGAACUAUACGUUGGCAGUGGUAGCGAACUUAGAGGACAUCCUAAAAGUCCAAGAAGUCCAAGACCUCGCAGUCCCCAUAGUCCACGACCACGCAGUCCCCGUACAAGAAGUCCACGGUCACCGCGCGAACGUUCUUCCCGUGAGCAUAAUAAAAGCAGACCAACCGCUCGUAGCUCUAGCACGGGCAGUACAUGUUCUGAUAGAUCAUGUUCUGUUUGUUCACCAAAAGAACGACGACGCGUUGUACCGCCAUCACGCUCACAUUCGAGAUCGAUUAGCCCUAUACGCACUAGGACACAUCCUAAAGAAGUAAUCGCGUCUAGUUCCCGAGCCUUACAGCCGCGCACAAGACCACGAUCACCGCCUCUACCACGCCCGCGUACACCACCGCCAGCGCCACAGCCGCCAUCACGUCAUCAAAAAGAUCAUAAAAUCCUCAAAGACAAAGAAGCCAAAAUCCGCCGUAAAGAGAAACAUCACAGCAGAUUGCCAGAGGACCCGCGAGUACCAGAUACAAUCUCAUUGAUACGUAAACCAGUAAAAGUAGAAAAAACACAUACGAGUCAUGGAACACAAAUAAUACGGCCUCCACCAGAAUCUUCACCUAGCGAUGAUAGCGACAGUUCUUCAACUACAUCCCAUAUUGGGCCACCAAAAAUGACAUUAUCUGAGCGAUUUGGUAAAAUGGCGCAAUGGAGCGUGGAUCGUAGAGAUAUGGAAAAUAUGCGUAUCACGAAAGACGGUGAAAAUGCAAUGAAAGUUGUUAUAGAAGGCGAGGAGAGAAUUGCACGUUUAGGCUAUGAUUCUCCUCCUCCUGGGCAUUAUCCAGAAUCGCUUUUGGCACAAGGACCAAGAGGUUUUGAAUGCUGGGAUGAUGUACGCGUUCGAUAUGAUUAUUACAAAGCUAGGGGAUACCUUCGCGAUCUCACCCUUGAUGAUUAUAUCAAAUGGGAAGAAUGGUGGUAUAAGUAUCAAGAAUGGCUUGAAGCUGAACGCUUUUAUGAGCAGUGGGCCUCAUCGAAUCGUCCGUCUGGUGGAAGUCGUAAGAGACGAGGACGACGCAACAACACUACUCAUUAAGAUACAUAACACAAGUUUCUGUUAUUAUUUUUGCUCGAUUUAUUGAUAAGAUAUGCAGUGACAUCUGUAUGCUUAGAGUAUACAAUAAGUAUGUACGUAUAUAAGCGCUCUAUAUGUAUCGUAAUAAAAAGUAUGAUUGUGCAAAA